AAUAAUGUUUUACUCCAUGGAUACCAAAGCCUGGCACAAAAGACACAUAUUCAAUCAAUGAAAUCAAGAGGUUUCUUAAUAAGAGGGUCCCCCAUCCACUCCACAUUAUAUCUCCAUGUGGUUUCAAUGGACUGCUUUAUAAGACCUGCCGUUUUAUUCAUUUAACAUUCUUAAUGACUUGUGCUCCAAUAAAAUGACAAGCAAUAUGAUUUAACAUCCAAAAGGCCAUUUCACUUUUAAAAGCAGCACAGUCUGAACGCUGAGGGAGAAACUAUUACGAUGUGCAGCACAAUGUACAGUGACAAUGAAAAGAAGUAAGGAAGUGGGCCAAGUGGUCCAUUUAUUUGGCAGCUUGAGCUUUUUGUGCCACUGAACAUUACCCUCUGCCCCCUUCUUCACGCUGUACCAUUACUCUUCAGUCUCUCAAGUGUCCAAGCAGCGUGCCUUUCCUCUUUGGGUUGUUGUAUGCAGCUCGAGCUGCAGAGUGGAGAGUGUACUUACUCAAGCUUGAAAUUUGAGCCCAUUAUGUCAACAGAUGUUACAAACAGAGAGGAGCGCAAGCGUAAGGGAAGGAAAAUGUCACUGUGCGAGCAGAGGGAGAGACAAAUUAAAUAAAUUGCAUUAGCUCAGCAAACACUUUGUUUUAUAGUCAAUAAAAGAGCAGUGAUCCAAAUAUAACAAAGGGAGAAAGGUUAUUGUCUCUUAUUCUUUGCAGUAAAGGUUUCAGUGAAAUACAACUUUCCUGUCUUUCAAUGAAUUUAUUAAAAAAAAAAAAACGCAGAGCUUGGCCUUAGUUGGAUUACUGACAAAGAUCUAAUUGAAUACUGGUUUCAACUCAGCACACCCUCCCAGCGGCACUUUAGAGAACAAGUAGAAAAAAACUACUUUGAGCAUUUCACAUAGAAGAAUCAUUUGAUAAUAGAAACUUUAAUCUUCAAAAAAAAUUACACUUAUUUUUCUAUUGAAUAUUUUUAGCAUUUCCAAAAAUAAGUGUGUGGUUGUACCCAUUUGUACAAUUUCAUCACCACAACCAUUCAUAUCUCUUCGGCAUGAGCUUGAAGAAAGUGAGGAGCGAGGGUGAGGAAAAAACAACAGCUGAUGGCUCCCUCCCUGAAAAUCACUCUUUAGACAUUUAAACAAAAAUACUAAGAUAAUUAGGUGGCAGAAUAUUAGCUUGACAGAAAAAAGUGCUCUUGGUCUAACAAACAGAUGGGUACCAUUAUCAAAACACCACAGCACAUACAGAGAGCAACUACAAAACUGUUCAGUCAGGUAACCCUAUUAUCAAGACUGUAAAAAAAAAAACAACAAAAAACACAAGUAAGUUCUGUUUGCUCUCCCUGUUUUUGUCCACUGGGAAAGCUAGGGCCUUCCACUUGGACCCUGGCACCUGCUUUGUGAAGGCUGAAGUGUGCGUGUGUGUUGGGUUUAAUACUUGACUACAUUGAAAAGUAACGAUGGCGGGCGGUACCUUUCAAGGCCUGUUGGCCCCUGUCAGAAGUGCAACUUCUCUGCGAUCUCCCUGUCGUGAAAUCCCUUCCACUAACUGCGCAGACUUGACUUUGCAAUUUCCCUCUUCAGACACUUUCAGCCCUGCGUAUGGGUUUCCCUUAAAACGCACCUCUUCCACCUUCUCUCUCAGCUCUUUCCUGCGAAUGCCUCGUCUCAUAAGAGCUUGAGCAGCAGCUCGUAGGUGGCAUUGAUGAUCCCCCAGGAGAGCAGCGAGCGGUGGUAGUUAAGAUGAGCCCCUCUGAAGAGCAUGGCCAGGCUGCCACCCCUCUCUCGCCACACGGUUAACAGCACCUCCCUGCACGGCUGGAAGGCUCCCCCAACCUGAGACUGAGCUCUGGAUUUGACCACGUUUAAUGGAUAAAACAUAAUGCCAAGAGCGGCCCCCAGCAACCCUCCGCACACAAAAUCAUUAACCAAAUGGCCGGCCCGGUUAGUGGCCUCUGGCAGCAGCUCUUUGAUGGGCCCCCGAAGCCCAAAGAAGAGCACAUUGCUGGGGCCAUUACGGAGGAGGAUGGGCACCAGACCACGGUAACACUCUCUGACGCCGUACUCCGUCAGAAGAGUCCGGAAGGUGUGGGCGGUGUUGUUGAAGCGCCCGUGGUGCCGAUGGUCUUGUAGGAGAGUCUGGACACGCUCAAACGGCGUAAGGACGGCUUCCGCAGUUCCCGCCAACGCUGCGGCAAAGCUUCUCGUGACGAUCUCUGGCACACCACUGCUGCCUGCCUGAUCAAGUAACACUCUGGAGAAGUCCUCGUACAGGCCGAACAUGAUGGCCACAGUGGUGCUCUUUUGGAGCAGCGGGGGGAGCAAUCCCCGGUAAAGGUUCCGCAGCCCAUCCCUCUGGAGUUGACGCACAGCCUCAAUGGCCAACACGCCAUGUAGCUGCUGGCGGAACAGCACCUUCUGGAUGGGGAAGGUCACCACAAUAUUAGUGCCAGCAGCAAGGGAACCACAAACAUAGUGCCUCCCUUGAGUGCUCAGCCUGGUACUCAGGGCCCCAGUGGGGAGCACGGAAGGGCCUCCUUUAGCCAGGCCGGCCUGGGGUUGAGGUGUGCGGGACUCAGAGUUCAUGGCGCUGACAGCCAUGAGAGUGCACCAUAGCCUGAUCCUCCAGCAUUACAUUUAGCACUGCAGCAUUCCACUGUCGUGUAACCCAGCCAGUGGCUGUCUUAUCCCGGAACAGGUAGAAUUGUCUUUUGCAGGGUAAUUGGGCCAGUUCUGUAGGUCGUGUCUGAAACCCCGGGAGCAGCAGGUGACAGCGACUCUCCAUCUGCGCCUGCGCAUUGCUGUAACUCUGAGCUCAUGAUCGAGCUGAGUGAUUUUUAGAAAGUAUACAACACCUUUUUUGUGUUAUGUUUCACAAAUAACGAGUGAUAGAAGUAUCUCAGGUAUGUCCGGCAUACAAUAAAUUGUUAAUAAAAUGUUGCUAAUUCAACGUCGCUAAUACGACAGCACGUAAAGCGGAAUGGUGGGUCGUUUUUACGACUCUAACGUGAUGUCACUAUCGUAACGUUUGGACAAGUCGAUAAAUAAAGGCUUGCCCAGCUCUGUUUAAGUACAUUUACAAGGGCCUUCAGUGGCUCUCGAUUUUCUUCCUAUGUUACUUAAAAUGACUGUAACAUGUAUUUACAUUUAUAUAACCGAAUGAUAUAGCACCUUGUAGGUUGACAGCUCUUUCAAAAUGCCAGCUGAAAGUCAGAUAGCUAAAGCUAGCUAGCUAACGUUGUAUGCGGCUGCCAUCAUCAUUAUAUGUACAUAGUAGCUGCCUAACGCUGCACAGUUUGUUUCACGCCUGAGACUUGUAAGUUCAGUGCAGUCGCAUGCGUUAAGUUACAUUACAAUCUGCGCUGCAUGCGUGGUAAUUUUGCCCCCCUUCCGAGUUUAAAGAAAAAAUACAUUUUGGAAAUGUCGGCUCAAAAAGACUGUGAGUUUUUGGUGAAAAGAGCUCGGGAGUUGGUUUCUGAUGAUCCCUGUGCGGCAAAAGCCUGGCUCAUAACUGCCAGAACCCUUUACCCUGCAGAUUUCAACAUCCAGUAUGAAAUGUACAUCAUUGAACGCAAUGCAGAAAGGACAGCCUCGGCAGGGAGACUUCUGUAUGACAUGUUCAUAAACUUUCCAGACCAGCCCAUUGUUUGGCGUGAGAUCAGCGUCAUCACAGGGGCCCUCCGCAGUGACUCUCAGGAUAAAAAUGCACAGUUUCUACGAGCACUUUUCGAGACCCUGCCUGGUCGGGUGCAGUGUGAGAUGCUGCUUAAAGCCACAGAGCAGUGUUUCAACACUUUGGAAAAGGCAGAGAUGUUGUUGCUCCUUCUGAAGCGAUUCCCAGAGUCUGUGGUCCAACAUGGGGUCAAUUUAGGAGAGACCCUGCUGGACGCAGAGGCAGCAGAGAUUGUGGAAACUCCUGUCAACUGCUUCAGAAAGCUUUUUGUGUGUGACGUCUUACCUUUGGUUAUAAACAACAUGGACAUGCGCCUGCCAGCAAGCCUCAUGCAGAAAUAUAUAUUGAAAGCAGCAGAAUUUUACAUUGGAUAUGUUACACGUGGACCCUCACCUGAUUUACAAAUACAAGGUUCCCAGGACAGUGGGACUCUGAAGUCGCCUGGUGUUUCCCGUGGCUCCCAGCGGAAUUUGAUUGAUGGCCUGACAGAAAAGUCCUCAGUGGUGGCCGAACCUUGGGAGAAGCUUCUUGAUAUCCUCGCUGUAGUUGGAGCACGCUGCGAGUGGCAGGGGGACAAGGGACAGAGGAGUUAUGGGGACAUGUUGCAGAGAGUGAAGGAGCUCUGUCGCUACCUGCCGGGUCUGGAGGGGGAAACCAGGUCUCGCUGCUGCAGUCAGGUGGUCAUCUGCGCCGCGCUCGUCCUCUUCCGCAGUGCCUUCCUCUAUGUCUCCGCUAUACAACCGGCACUGUUCCAGGGACUCGGUGCGAUGAAUUCAGGACCGUGGAUCCUGGUUGAAGAUUUGAGCUCAGUGUACAGCGAUGUGGAUGUAGACAGGGGAUCUGUGAAACAUGCGCAUAAGAAACGCAAACUGGCUGAUGGGAGAGACAAGACAAUGAGCUCAGAUGAUGAAGAAGGUUUGGGGAAAGGCCGCGGACGACACAUUUUAGUCAACAAGACUGAGAUGCCCAGCUGGUCAGAGACUCUGGAGAGUUUCCGCACAGCCAGAGAAAGCUGGGACCUCCUUCACUCUCACGAUGGUCUGGAAUGUGAGUUUAAGAAGAUCUGUGCCGCGUGGAAGACUGACAGCUGGCUGUGGUUCCGAAUAUUCAUUACUGACAUGAUCAUCUACCAGGGCCAGUAUCGGAAGGCCCUCUCCAGCCUGCAUCAGAUGGCAUCGGUGCUGCAGCCUCAGCCUGGGCCGCACAGCCCCUCAGGUCAGACCAGCCUGGAGCACCACAGGGCUCUCAUACAGCAGGCGUCAUGUCAUUACGCACUGGGAGAAUACAGGAUGGCCUGUGAGAAGCUGCUCGAUGUUGUCAGUGGACUGGUUCCUCCAAACCCUGAACCAACAAAGCCCCCAGAUGAGCAGGGUAGAAUAAAGACCAAAACCAGGAAAGGUAAUGACCUGCGAUUGCUUCCCUGUACAAACAAAGCAGUUUUACCUUUCUGUCUCCAGCUGAUGCUCGCUUGCUUUAAGCUCCGAGCCUUUGCGGACAAUCGUGAUGACCUAUCCCUCGGUCAUGUGGUGGUUCUUCUGCAGCACGAUUGGCCGCAGGGGGAGAUGCUGUUUUUAAAAGCAGUGGAUAAAAUCUGUCAGCAAGGCAGCUUCCAGUACGAGAAUUUCUUCAAUUACGUCACCAACAUUGACAUGCUGGAGGAGUUUGCGUACCUGCGUACUCCUGAGGGGGGGAGAAUCCAGCUGGAGCUGCUGCCCAACCAAGGAAUGCUGAUUAAACACCACACGGUAACUCGGGGAAUCACCAAAGGAGUGAAGGAGGAUUUUCGCCUGGCCAUGGAGAGGCAGGUGUCGCGGUGUGGGGAAAACCUGCUCAGUGUGAUGCACCGGUUCUGCAUUAAUGAGAAAAUAAUCAUCAUCCAGUCCCUUCCAUGACACCUGGCCUGAGGCUCUGUUUUUUUGUCUUUUAUCGGCACAGUUCUAUUGACGUUUUGACUCCAAAAAGUGUGGCUGGGACACAAAAAAGUAUUAUCCUUGCCUUAAAAGUGGACCUCUCUUUCCCAAAACUUGGGAAAACACUGAACGUACUACACUGCAGUCCUGUUUUCUUUUUUUUACAAUUGACUGUGUGCGUAUAGCUUUAGUCCUAAUUAGAACAAUGUUGAAGGGUUUAACUGAGUGUUGUGUACCGCUACAAGAAUUCAUGGUGUGAUGUGCAUUCGCAGUCAAGUACUUUUUUGAUACACUUUUGGUAAAAUUUAUUGUUUUUUCAGCAGUCUUGAUCAAAUGGUUAGUUUUUAUUAAUUUUUUUCCAUUAAAUAUGUCCUGAAUGUUUACAUUGUUGACAUGUUGCAUUGUUUUAUAACACGCAAGCAUUUAAAAAUAUCUGCUCAUAUACAAAAAAGCAAAUCAGGUUUAUAGAAGCAUUCAAGUGAAAUUUGAAUAUAUUGACUUCAGUAUAUACCGAGUAAAUGGUUCCUUUAUAAGUGUAACCCCCCCCCAAACAAAGUCACUCUGUAAUAUCUGUGACUGGUGCAUGUGGCAGGUCAGCCUGCAGGGCAGCUCUGAGGUUAGCCCAAAAGAGCCUGUGCUUGGCUCUGUCCUGUGGCCAUUCUAGGAAGGUGUGGCGGCUCAUCAUGGAUUUGAGCUGGUAGUACUUGGAUGGGAUCAAAUACUGCGGCAGAGGCUCGAGCAGCACCAGCACGAUGCUGUCCGAGCCCAGAGGAAUGUGCUGGUGGCCGGCGAAGUACAGCUCGUAAUGGCACCAUUCGCUCUUGACAAAAUGAGCGGAAAGCACAAAGACAGAACGGCGGCUUUUCUCCACAGAGCUGAUGAUGUUAUCAAUGAUCGUCUUUCCCGGCACAAAGCUUCUCUCAUGAUGGCAGAUUCUCAGCCCUCCUGCAGGACCCUCGAGGUUGGGAAGGAGAGAAUUCUUCACCCAGUCUGCAUCGUGCUGGCUGUAAGAAACAAAAGCAUGGAACUCCACACCCUGAAGAUCUUCAGGUCGAAGCUGUUGCAUUCUUGCACGAUGUUUAGCUCUGGUCCACUGCCAGAUCAUGCCGAUGUACCACAGAGCAUCCAGUCGAUGGCACAGACAUAUGACUGAGACGAUCAGUACCACCGCUGGCAGCAGGAUGGAUGCUGCUAGAAGGCCGACAUUGCAGGACACCUCUGGGAUCCAGAAUCUUCUCAGAGUGGUGUUUCUAAAAACCUCUGGGUAAGUGCAGUUGUAUCCCAAAGGCCAACUUAACAGUUGAAUGCUUGAGGAGCUUCUCCCAUGUUCGGCUCUGGUUCCCAGUCUGAUGAAGUCUCUUAACGCGCAGGUGCAAGUGAAUGGGUUGUGACUGACAUCCAGGAUUUUCAGAUUUGGGCAAGUCCCCAACUUGCUCACAGUAGGGGCAUGGAGGGAGUUUGACUUGAGCAGAAGCCUGCUCAGGAGGGGGAAAGUCUCACAAACCGGUAGGUCCCGCAGUCUGUUGGAAUUCAGGUUCAGAAAAGAAAGGCUUCUCAGUUUCAGGAGGGAUGGUGGUACCACAGAAAUCUGGUUGUUGUGGAGGUCCAGUGUUUCUACUUCUUUUGGGAGACAUUUAAAAACUGUGUCUGUCAGUCCACCUGAGGACAUAUUCAUAAUGAUGAUGUUUGGUGGCCACGUGCACUCAGACCAACCGUCAUAAACAAGGGAGUUGAGACUGAGAUCCAGGUGCUGCAGAGACCUCAUGUUUUUAACACGUUCACUCAGUACCUGGAGGUUCUUAAGAUUGUUGCCCAUGAGCAACAGCUUAGUCAAAUUAACCAGAGUCUCGCAUUCAACUGUUUCGCCAUGGUCCACCCUGGAGAACAUGGAAUCAGACAGAGCACAGUUGGAGAAAUCCAGCUCUAUGAGAGGACUCUGUUGCUUUGGGCAGGUCAUGUAUAUGAUUUCAGUGUCUAUGACUGCCAUAUGUUUGACUGGCAGGUUUAUAAAGAAGUUAUACAUUGCCUCCUGAGAGAAGAAGAAAGAGUUCACCGCUGCCUUUCUAAUCGUGAAGGACGUCAUGUUGGAUGUCUCAGUAACCUUGGUAUCAACAUAUGGUGGAUUUUGUAUGACUAUAUCAAAAGCGCUCAGAUGGGCAAUAGAGGUGCGAAGUGCUGCAUUAACACAAUCAGUCAAAUGCUUCCACUGAAUUGUAAUGUUGUUGAGAAAAAGGUUAGAUGUGCGGAGAUUCUUUUUCUCAUGAAACCGCUCCUCCAACAGUUGGAGGCCUCCCACCAAAUUCUUUAUCUCCACUUCAAUAAAGAAUGACAGAGCGUCACCCAACAGGCCACCGAGCCCCGCUUGACUACCAUCACUGACCACCUGAAGCCUGUGAGCGUGCACGUCGCUGAGGCUGCCCGCUUCAUAGUUAAGUUCCUCCUCCACAUAAAGGUUUAGGGCACGCAAUUUUGCCGUGGCAAUGUUUGUAAAGUCGCCCACACUGAUGUUUUUUGCUCCAAGCGUUAAGGUCUCCAGUUUUUCCAGGAGACCGAACUCGCUGCCCAGCGUCAUGUCAGGGAACCAGUUAAAGGCCAGGUUCAGCACCAUAAGGUUCCCUGUGUGCUCCAGGUACUGCUGUCCUGAGAGGUUAAGGAGUCUGUUGUGUGACAGAUCCAGAUCCUCCAAAAGUGGCGUGUCAAGAAAAACCUCUGCAUCGAUCAGCUCCAAACCAUUCCACGACACAUCCAAGACCUUCAGAAGGGUAGUAUUUUUAAAGUCUCCUCCGUGAAUCUGAUGUAUGUGGUUGAAUGAAAGGUUUACAGACAUAGCCGUCUGUGGCAGGUCUGUUGGGACGGAGGACAAAUUUCUGGAUGAAUAGUUUGCGAUGAUGUCAGGCGACGAAGCACACUUCUGUAUUCCCACCAACAUGGCCGCUGCCAACAGGACUGCAGCUGAGAGCUUCAUUGUUUGCCUGAGAGGACAGAUGUGCUUUUUCAGCAUAUGCACUUCGGUUUCGAUCCUCACUCCGCGUAUGAAAAUGCGUUGACUGCAAAUGUCCAACAUCGAAGGGGCGCUUAGAAGUUAGUCUCGGAGGUCAUGUGAAAAGUUCCUACUGCCUGUAGCAAGCUCUG